AUCGAACAGAUGUUCGAAGCUUCUUCUAAUUCAUGGAGACACGAUUCUCCGCACUAUAGCACGGCGAUAACGUAGAAUAGUAGUCCACCAUGUGCAACACUUAUAUGUAGACAGCCCCCCCCUCCUUACCCGCUUGCUGCUAGAAACUAGGUAGAGAACUGGUAGUCCGGCACACCUCCAACUAUCCCCCCAAUUAUUCCGUUGGCUAAUGAGUGGACCAGGCUCGCCAGGGUAGCUUUCGGAAUUAGUUAUGGGAAGACCACCUGCUAAUAAUAGUUGAAGACGCAACUGUGUGUUCAGACAAGUUACUGCAGCGUGGCUUUGACGUGAGCAGUGAAUUAUACAGUCAGGACCAAAUAAUAAUAGCUUAUUCAUGAUGGCUGACCCUCUGAAUGUGCUGAUGGUCGGUACCGGCGAGUACACCACGGGUUUCGUAGGUGGCGGAGCUUCAGGCUCUGAUAAGAAGGUUGGUGUUGUUGGUUUGACUCUGUUCGACCUCCGGCGAAGAGGAAAAGUUGGCAAACUGAGCAUGGCUGGUACCAAUGGAACCAAAUUCCCUGCUAUAAGACAGCACCUAGAAACGAAUAUUUCCAAAGUCUACAAUGGCCUUGACACUUCCUUUGAUUCUUACCCAGCAAACGACGCCAAAGAUUCAGAUGCGUAUAAGGCUGCUAUAGAUGCUUUGAAACCAGGCGACGCCAUCACAAUCUUCACGCCAGACACAACUCACUAUCCUAUCGCCUUGUAUGCCAUUGAGCGCAAAAUUCAUGUGAUGAUUACCAAGCCAGCAGUCAAGACUCUAGAACAUCACCAAUCGCUCAUAGAAGCAGCUAAGAAAAACGGAGUUUACGUCUACAUCGAGCACCACAAGCGAUUCGACCCUGCCUACGCCGAUGCCAAGUACAAGGCCCAGAAACUGGGCGACUUCAACUACUUCUACAGCUACAUGUCCCAGCCGAAGUCUCAGCUCCAGACAUUCAAGGCUUGGGCUGGGAUCGAUUCGGAUAUCUCAUACUACCUGAACAGUCAUCACAUAGAUAUCUGUGAUUCAAUGGUAUCCCAACAAGGUUUUGUCCCCGUGAAGGUGUCCGGAUCGGCUGCCAAGGGCAUCGCAACGACCCUGGGUUGUGUUGACGCCACCGAGGACACCAUUACCGUAAUGGUAACAUGGCAAAAGAAAGAUAACCCGAGCAAGAUUGCGACUGGUGUAUACACAGCCUCUUGGACGGCGCCGCAGAAGGCUGGCGUGCAUUCCAACCAAUACUUCCACUAUAUGGCAGCUGAAGGAGAAGUCCGUAUUAACCAAGCGAAGCGCGGGUACGACGUCGCGGAUGACUCGGCUGGACAACUAAUGUGGUAUAAUCCAUUUUAUAUGAAAUAUGCUCCCGAUGAGGAGGGCAACUUUAAUGGGCAAGGUGGAUACGGAUACGUGUCGUUUGAGAAAUUCGUCGAUGGCUGCCGAGCUGUCAACAGCGGUUCUCUCAAACCUGCUGAUUUGGAUGCACGGGGCUUGCCAACUCUGGCUAAUACAAUCGCAACCACCGCCAUCCUCGAGGCAGGUAGAAGGAGUAUAGAUGAAAAUAGAGAGAUUAAGAUUGAAAUCACAGGUGGAGUCUGGAGGCUAGCCUAGACCACGAGAUGGGCAACCGAUAUGGUACAUAAUGAUGACAGGCAGUGGGUUUCUUCUGUUAAUGAAGCAAUCGUUCCUUUCUUCAGCCUAUAUGUUUGAAAAUUCACGAAAUAUGCAUAGUUUUGAAUCAAAGUGGGAUAACAUGUUCCGAAAGAUGUUGUAGGUAAUCUGGGUAUUUUUCU